AUGGCGGCCCAACAAGGGCCGCGUAGCCAGGGGGCGCUCGAUAUGCUGGAGCACACGAUUGGCGAAGUGCUUAUCCACGCUGGCAAAGCCAUCCGCGCACAAGCUAAGAAUGGGCGCAAGGUAGUGGGCGCGCUCAACGCCACGAAGAUCAGCGAUGCGAACACGCAGUUCAAUUCGACUCUCGAUAGCAUAGAGACAGACAUUCUCCGCGCAAAAGCCACGCUGCGCCGCGAUCUCGACCUCCUCCGCGCACAAAAGAGCGCUGCGGCCGCCGCCGCCGCCAACCCGAAGAAGGAAUCAUCGUCAAGUGGAACUCCCGCCCUUCAACAAGCACCAGCAGCUGCGAUGGAUGUCGACUUGGAGGAACCAACACCGGCCGCCGUCAAAACAAAGUCCGAGCCGGCCACGGACGGAGCCAAUGCCAAUGCCAAUGGCGGCACACCUGCCAGCACCACCAUGGCGCCGUUCCCGAAUAUGGAUUUGGACUCGCCUGUAGUCACCGCAUCCACGGUACCAUUAGGGGCCGUGUCUAUGCAGGCGUCCACCUCGAAUAAAUCGACAGCACCGACACCGCAGGCACUGUCCAACAAAUCGCCCGCCGUCAAGAAAGAGACCCUUGUCCGGCCUGCACAGUUUUCUGGUAAAGCAGGCUCAACACCAGGCAGCACAGCGGGUGCUUCUCCUGCCGCCACUUCCACCGCUUCCGCGACAGCAGUAACAGCAGCAAGCAAGGCGCCGGCUAGGAAGCGGACAGUAUCGCCCGCUGCUAUGAGAGUACCAUCGCCGGCUGCGUCUCGAUCGACUGCCUCGCCUGCGGCGGCGAAGGUGCCGUCGCCUGUUCUGGUCAAGUCGGUGGCCGGAUCGCCGGCCGUCACAAAGGCAUCGACUUCGCAACCACCAACACCAACACCGGCAGCUGGCGUCACGGCCGGCGGCGCCAACAAGGCCAUCUCGCUUUCGUCGUCGUCGUCCUCACCGUCUGUUACUGCUACAUCGCCUGUCCUGACUAAAAAAUCAGCUGCUGCGGCUGCGGCUGCGGCUGCGGCUGCCAGGUCGACACCUCCCUUAAAGUCGACGACGCCCGUACCGGCGCCACAGAUUCCGACCCCCAUAACUGCGCCGCCCGUGAAGCCCACUCCAGCGACGACUGCACCACCAGUUGCCACCCCAGCUGCUCCCGUGCCUGCAAUGGAGUCUUCGUCAAAUGACAUCAAUAUGGACGACUUUUUCGAUCUUACGGGGCCUUCAGGUGACGAUCCGUCCAACGCUGAUCUUGGGUUUACAAAUAUGCAGUUCUCCCUUGUUCCUGCUGGACCAGGAGACGAGGCAAAGCCGGCGCAACCGCCGCCUCCGCAGCCGCAGCCAACCCCGCAAGCGCCCCAACCGCCCCAGCAUCAACAAGUCGAUGACUCCGAAUUUGACGUGGAAAAGUUCGCUGCAGACGCAGCCCAGAACCUCAUGAUGGACACGGACUUUUCGACAGCAACUCCCGCCCAGCAGCAACUCCAACUACAGAAGAAGAUUCAACUACAGCAGCAGCAACAGCAGCAGCAGCAGCAGCAGCAACCUCAACCGCCGCAGCAAAACCCCAGUGACAUUCUCAUGCCAGAUUCCGGAGCGGCAGGGGCAGAUGCUACUGGUGCGGUGGACAACGGCGACGACCUCUUCAGCUUCAUCAAUGAUGGAAUGGAAGGUCUCGUGGAUGAUCCGACGACUAAUUUUGAUGAGCUGUACAUGGGUGGCGGCGACUCGAUUGAUAUUGACGACUACUUUGAUACAGCCUAG